AUGACGACCGGCCUACUUGGAAUGCAGUCUCUCGGAGGACCACGGUACUGUGAUUCCCCCUUGGACCUUAAGUUGGCCUCUGAAAUAUCCAACCUGUACAGUACACAGGAUAGUUGGGCCUGCCCUCCCCGUGGAAGUCAGCCUUCCAUGACGACGACGGCUUAUAUGGAUUUCUCAACGCCAAAUUUAUCCUCCUCUGAUGGCCAGUUCAGACAUGAUUCCAUGUUCCAACACAAUGGAUAUCCAGCUCAUGACGACGAGUCUUCUCACAAACAAACACUACGACGCGCGUACACCGAUUUUGUCUCCAGGCCAGAAUCUACCACCGUAACAGCACCCCUGGAAUUCUCUGCGUCUCCAAUGUUCACUGCGACAAACUUGCCAACAAACACUCACAACGCAACAAUGAUGACUCCAUUAGUGACACAUUUCGACCAACCCGACGCAUCUCCCGAUCCCAAUGGCAAUUUCUCCUUCGACGAACAAUCCCAUUCUACCGAGUCUCACAACUUCGUUCACCUCCCCACCGGCCACGACCAACCACCACUCAAGCAACGUCGCAGGAGUGUACAGACAAGCCAAGAAGCGCUUUCUCCGACGGAAUCGCUGAGCUCAGCUGGGAGAAGGCGCAAGUCAGAAUAUGCAGAGCCAGGUUCAGCGCGUGCGAUAUACCUCGAGAAAAAUCGUAAGGCUGCUAGUAAAUGCCGAAACAAGCAAAAGAGACAACAGGACGACCUCGUUGAAAUGGCUCGGGAUGUCGAACGCCGAAACAGAUUUUUGAAAGCAGAAGUAGAGCUGCUCAGGGCUGGAAUGCGAGAGUUGAUGGAGGUCGUGGGUAAACACAACGAAUGCCCUGAUUCCAGACUGCGGUCGUAUGUGCAGCGCGAGGCGAACCGGCUUGUAGCUGGAAACCAACGGACGGCCGUAUUCACUCCGCCUUCGAAGAGCUCAUCCUCCGAUGGCAUGUCUCCUCACAAGACGUCAUCGCCUUGA